GUUGACCUUUGGCCCGCGGUUAGUGGCUUGGCGGUUGAACGAUGAAGGUCGGGGAUGUGCGUUUCAUUGGCGAUGAGGAGGUGGCGGAGCACAUCAUCGAGAAACUGUCCGGAAUUAAUCAGAAGAACAAUGUGCCUGGGACAUUGCUAAGCGUGAAGCGGGCUUCCCAGAAAUGGGAGAAGACAGAGCAGUCUCAGGAGAGUUUGGAAGUCUUUAAUGAGCGUGAUUACGUGGAGGUGCUUGGAGCAGGUGACUCAGUUGCAGGUUGCCAUGGUGACUUGAAUGAUGGGGUGUCUGCAGCUGGCCGAGAUCUUUUCACCUUUCAAACCGCCAAAAGAGCAGACAAGAUGGCAAAGCUCGCCUCCGAACUGGCCCAGACUCCGAGAAAAAGUGUAACGUUCUGUUUACCUGACCAGCAGCUGACAGCAGAUCAGAUCAAGGAUAACGGACAAUCAAACCAGUGCAAGACCCCAUCUAAGAGCAAGAGGAAGUUUGUAUCAACAACGCCUCACAGACUGAGGAAAAGGCUGACCGAUCUGGCCGACCUGAGUAGCGGCAGUGAGAGUGAUGACUCCUCAUUGGAUUCGGAGGGAGGAGAGGAGAGUUCCCCGAGAGGGGUCUCCAAUCCCAGACUGAUGCCGGAAGCAGUAACGCCCUCUCCAACUCUGGGCAAAACUGCAGUCAAGAAAUCCAGGAAGCUGGCCCCGCCAAGCCAUGUUGAGCUCUACUUUGAAGCCCACAGUAGUUCAAAGGUUCUGACAUCUGAUCGCACGUUACAGAAGUUGCAGACCCCAAAACUGGACCAGGAGACGUUAGAGAGGCUGCUGAGUGACGACAGUGUGCCCUUUGCUCCAGAGCUCAGGCAGCUCAACAAGGAACACGAGAAGCUCUUUCGCAAAUGGAUGCUGCAAACACAAUUGGGCUUCAGCCUCGUGUUGUAUGGACUGGGCUCCAAGAAGGAGUUGCUGGAAGAGUUCCGCCACCAGAUGCUACAGGGAACUGUCCACGUGGUAGUGAAUGGAUUUUUCCCAAGUAUCACACUUAAAUCUAUUCUGAACUCGAUAACCGAGGAGGUUUUAGGACAUGAAGGAACCUUCCGGAACCCUGUGGACCAGCUCAGCUACAUCACCAGGGCAUUUCAGGAGGACUCCACACUGGAUCUUUAUCUUCUGAUCCACAACAUCGAUGGACAGAUGCUGCGAGGGGAUAGGAACCAGCAAAUACUGGGCCAGCUCAGUGCCGUACCUGGCAUCCACCUCCUGGCUUCCAUUGAUCACCUGAAUGCCCCUCUGAUGUGGGAUCAGACACGGAGCUGUCUCUUCAACUGGCUAUGGUACGAGGUGACGACCUUUAAAUCCUACACAGAGGAGACCUCGUAUGAGAACUCGUUGCUGGUCAAUCAGUCAGGUGCCUUGGCACUGAGCUCACUGAUUCAUGUACUGCGCAGCCUCACUCCCAACGCCAGAGGAAUAUUUAAACUCUUGGCUCAGUUUCAGUUGGAGAACAAGGAUAACUCGUCCUAUCCAGGUUUAUCCUUUCAGGAUUUCUACCAUCGAUGUCGUGAUGCCUUCCUGGUGAACAGUAAUCUCACCCUGCGGGCGCAACUCACCGAGUUCCGGGAUCACAAGCUCAUCAGGAAUAAAAAGGGUGCUGAUGGUGUUGAGUAUCUCCUCAUUCCUGUUGACACGGCAACAUUGGCUGACUUCCUUGAAAUGGAGGACAAGGAAACCUAGACAGAAGCAUGAGACUUCAGAGGAUAGAUAACCAGCAGCUCCAAAAUUCCAGGAGUGAGGAAAACCCCAGACUCCAGUGGCACGUGCCUGAUGUGAAGUUCAGAAUGGAAACCUGAACUGCAGUGGACCUUGUCCACUUGUUUAAUGUCCCAGUAGCUGGUAACAAGGUUAACCUUGCCAGCUACAGGAGAGUUUGAGAGACUCUGUUUCAAGAGUGAGUUCUAUCAGCUUUGUGCACUUGUUAACCUCUGGUGAGAAUGUACUAUGGUUUUUUUUUUGCAGUGGAAUCUGUGCCUGUGUCACACUGUUGUAGAUGCUGCUGUUAUUUGCCAAGCUCUGUAAAAUAAAAAAAUUCUAUUAAAAUAUAU